AUGGCUGUCCCUACCGUAUCGCAUCCUCCCCCCAACUUUGGCGCUUCCUUCAAACGAGUCACCCCCGUCGCAUCGGCCACUCUGCCGCCCAAUCUUCCUCUUCUCGGAGAUCUCAUACCCCAGCAGGCACAGACUUUCGGUGUCAACACUCCUCCGCCUGCACCCAAUGCAUCCCUAGCCUCGCCUUUGCAGCCUUUCGCACGGCCUUCCGACUCUCCACAACCUUUUCAGGCCGCUAAGAGCUCGCCCACUACACCCGCACCCGCCGUGAAACCGAGCGACGUGACUUCUUCGGCGCCUGCUCCCGCGAACUCUGCAGUCGCGCCGUCUGCGACACCUACACCUCCCAAGAUGGCUCCUGUCGUUGCCGGCAUCGGCACCCUGCCGGAGACUGCCUCUGCUGCCGCCUCUGGCUCCGGCGCCGCAUCAAGCUUUUCGGCCACAGACAGUCUGCGUGCUAUCCCCACCAACAAGAACAACCCGGCUUUCCUCAACAAGCUUCGCAGCAUGGUAGACGAUCCCAACACCGACGAGCUCAUCCGCUGGUCUCCCGAUGGCGCCUCCUUCUUUGUUCCCAACCAUGUUCGCUUUGGCGACGAGGUGCUCCCUCGCUUCUUCAAGCACAACCGCUUCUCUUCCUUUGUCCGCCAACUCAACAUGUACGGUUUCCACAAGGUGCCUCACCUUCAGCAGGGCGCCCUCAAGCACGACUCACCCCAGGAGAGCGAGCUCUGGGAGUUUUCAAAUCCGCACUUUCAUCGAGAUCAUCCAGACUGGCUCUCCAAAGUGCAGCGCAAAAAGGGUCCUCGCGACGACAAGGAUGCCAAUGCCGAACGCGAGCAAAGCGUCAGCACGGGUCAGGAGCUCAUGCAUGCAGGAGCGCUCAUGCGCACCGACUUUGGCGCCAACAGUGUCGGCGUAGACGGCAGUGGCGAAGGCGCUCUUCAGCUUGCCAGCGUGCUCAACGCAAUCAAUGCCAUCAAGAAUGCGCAGACCAGCAUCAGCGCCGACCUGCGACAUUUGCAAAACUCCAACCAGAACCUUUGGCAGGAAGCCGUCGAGUCAAGGCAGCGUGCCAAGCGUCAGCAAGAGACCAUCAACAAGAUCUUACGCUUCCUCGCAGGUGUGUUCGGCAAUCAGGAUGAUGCAGAGACGCCCGUAGCAGGCAAAAAGGUACCUGGAAAGGGUCGUGGUGGACGCAGGGUGGGCGUGCGACCACAGCAGCAGCAACGAAGCAAGAGCCGCCUCAUGAUCGAAGAUGGCUCCGAGUCUUUUUCCCAUUCUGCCGGUCUGCGCGGCAUCGAAGCGCUCGACCUGCCGCUCGACCAAGAAGAAAUCGAAGAGAUGCCUUCGCACCUCCGAUUUCAGGACGCCAGCAACGCCGACUCCUCUCCCAGAACUCAGAGCCCUUCUGCCAACACUGGCGGUUCGCGCUUCACACAGAUCGGCUCACCGCCCAGCAGUGCAGCCGACUUUGGAAGGCAGCUGUCCGAAGCAGUCUCGACACCCGGUGGAUCCAGAAGGCUCUCGUCGCAGGCGAGCAACCAGGUGCUCAAUGCGCUUGCGUCGGGCGAGGGCAAUGCCUGGCUCGCCAGUCUGUUUGGUGCCAGCUUGGCCAAUCAGGGCUCCAAGUCGACGGGGCCUGCCUCGGGCGGCGGCCUCAAGCUGGAUCCGCACAUGGUCGCUGCUCUUCAGCAGGCGCUUGCGAGUGCUGGAAGUGGUGGCGGCGGCGGCGGAGCUGGCGGAGUCAAUGGGGCAAGUGACGGCAACGCAGACUACUUUGGCGGGUCGGGCAAUGCGCCGGCGGACGACUUUUCGUCGCGCUUUUCGACGUUCCCUUCGGCUUUGAAUGCUUCUAGUAGCAGCAGCGCCUCCACUCAGCCGUCUUCCAGCUCUGGCACGGCCAACGGACUAGGCUUGGAUGCCGAUGCGCUCGCUCGCAUCGCCGGUCUCUCGCAGGCGCUUGUGCAGUCGCCUGCUCGCCAGAAUGCAAACGCAGGCAGUUCGAUUAACCAGCAGUCCAACUACAGUCUCGCGUCGCCCAGCAGAGGCCAAUCGGCCAACCUGUUCGACCUCGGCAACGACGACCUUACCAGCAGCAGCAACAACCAGCUCGCCCUCUCGCUGUCGAGAGCCUCGCGCGAUCUGCAAAACACGUCGGGCGACGUCGAUCAGGUGCAGAACAGCAUCAACUCGCUCAUCGAGGGUUUGCAGACCAACCCGGCGUUGUUGCAGAGCAUCGCUGGGCAGGGAUCGCAGGCGGGCGGGGCUGCUGCAGGUGUGCCGUGGCAGACGACAGGUGCGGACGCUGGUGCGGGCGGUGCGGGUUUUGGUGCGUUUGGCGAUGCCACCGGUGCUGCGCCGACGGCCUCGAUCGGGCAGAAUCAGUUUGGCGGACCCACCGGCACGACCCCGCCCUCCGCGAGCGCAGACGCCAACGCCGCAUCCGCCACCAGCGGUACCGCGCCCAUCGACACGGACUUUGACGUCGACUCGUUCCUCAGCCAGUUCGUCGACUCGUCGCAGGCACCGGGCGGAGGCGUCUCCUCUCCGUCGAAUGCGUACGGCGAGAGCCCGUCGUUUGCGUUUUCGCCCGCGACGACGGCUGCGUUCCUGCAUGGGGCGGGUGUCAACGAUACGGGGAUGUAUGGGCAGUUGGCGGAGAACAGCGAUAGUAGCGGUAGUCCCGUGGAGACUGGGUCGGGCGGGGCGGGGAAGAAGAGGAAGCCGUCCGGGGCAGGGGUCGGGGUGGAGGUGGAUACGAUGGGUGGCGCGAGGCCGGCGAAGAAGGCUGGCAGGAAGGGUUGA